GAUUGAGUGUUGCUUUUACUACAUGACUUAACGUUGCCAGACGUAUAAGGCAAGAACAUGGCUUCGACAAUAUUUUAUUUAACAGGCAUUCGGCACUUUAGGGAAUUUCAACAUAGAUAAAAAAUAUUUCUUUAUCUAUAUAAACUACUACGAAGAGAUAAUUUUACUCAAAGUUAUAUAAAUGUACGAAAACAUGUUGUGUAAAACCAAUAAGGCACCACAGUUUCAUGCAUUUCACCACUAAAGCCACGCUAUCUGACUGGAAAGUGCAACACUGCCAAUUGUCAUUUUUGUUAUGAUAGCUUGACACUGACCAGCCCAGCUGGUUUGUUUUCUUUUCCUGAAAAAUUUUCAUCCUUGAGCGUCGAUUUUUAUACAAAUACAGAAAUUGCAAAAAAAAGAUGCAAUUUACUUAAAAGAAGUGUGCAAAUUGUUAAUUGAUAUAAUGUAAAGGUUAUUUUGGGAGUAGAUUUUGUGUUUCUGUUGUGAAUACGUGAAGUUGGACACGAACGGGUGGCACGUUGCCAUUGCAGACUGCCUAAAAUAACAAUUGGACGGCAAUUUAUGAAUUUGUUCCACAAACGCAGACAAUAAAAAUUUUAACUAUCGAUUUUCUCCGAUACCUCGUGAAAAAUGCACCUCAACCACGCCACUGCAAUGGCUAACUACCAACACUACCCGCCACCGCAGAUUUCAACGCACGGUGGCACGCCCACUGUGCAGCAACAGACUAUAGCGACGGCUGGCACACCGUUUACUCUGCACCAGUUGACCGCUGUGCAAGCCAUACAACAUCCAACGCACCAGGCUAUGCUACACCCGCAACAUCCACUGGUGCACUUACUCGAUAUUUCUACGACAAAUACACCGAAUCCAACGCCAGUGCCUCCUACUAAAAUCGAGGUGCCGGAACCGGAGCCCAUUGAGGUAAAAGUGGACGAUCCCCGCAAAAAGAAGGAAUGCCACGUCUGCAAGAAUAAAUUUCGACAGUUAACUACUUUGCGCAAUCACAUGAAAAUCCAUACAGAUGAGCGGCCGUACAAAUGUAAACAUUGCGAUAGAGCUUUCCGUCAGAUUUCAACGCUCACCAAUCAUGUAAAGAUACAUACCGGCGAGAAACCAUUCACAUGCAAUAUUUGCGCAAAAGAUUUUCGCCAGCAGAGUACACUUAUCAACCACAUUAAAACCCACAAAGAAUCCAGUACCCCAACCUCAUUACUGAACUAUCAGCCUGGUACUAAAUUGAAUCAUCGCAAUUCCAAAUUGGCUCAAAAUCAAAUGGUAGACUAUCAAAAUCGAUCCAUUACAAAAACUCUUUAUACUGGCAGCUAUAGUUCACCUCAAGCCGAGGAGUUGGUUAAGCCGUAUCAGUGCAAUGUGUGCAAAAGACGAUUUCCGCAGCUGAGUACACUCCACAAUCAUGAGCGGACACACAUCGAUCCCAAGCCGUAUAAAUGUGAAACAUGCGACAAGUCUUUCAGUCAACUGGCCACUUUAACCAAUCACAAAAAGAUCCAUACUGGUGAUAAGCCAUACGCUUGUUCCUUCUGUUCCAUGCAAUUCCGACAGCAGAGUACUUUAACCAACCACAUGAAGACACACACCACAGCCGCCAGCAAUGCAAACGUAGUGCCAACUACCACCACCACAAUGGCAGCCCCACACGGAAUCAACCACAUGACCACUUCAACACUCGUUACACAAGGCGAACAUCCCCAACUUAAUAACAUGGUACAUCAACAAUUACAAGCUGAACAUCCAUUAUUGCACUUUCUCGAUAGUAACACAACUGUAAGCACCAUCGUUACGAAGGAGCCGUUCAAUCCGAAUACCAGUCGUCGUUUCAAAAACGAAGCCGAUAGCUUGAUGCUGGAGAGCCCGGAUCGCCCUUUCCCAUGCGCCAUUUGCCGAAAGGCUUUCUCACAACAGAGCACUUUAGCCAACCACAUUAAGACGCACACCGGCGAGAAACCAUAUAAGUGCAAAGUAUGCGAGUCGAACUUCCGACAAUUGUCCACCUUGAAUAAUCAUCUAAAAAUACAUACUGGCGAAAAGCCCUACAGCUGUUCCUAUUGCCCUAAACAAUUCCGGCAGAAAAGCACUCUUAUCAAUCAUGUCAGAAUUCACAAUUGUUAAAAAGGCCAUGCAAGUGAUUAUACAAUAAUAACUAUAAUGACGGCGGAGAAGCUAAAGCUAUAAGAGACGUAAACAAUUGAAAUAUUGGCCAACUAUCCCUAAAAGAGAUUAAAAUAUCCAAUAGCAAUAACCCAUAGAACAGAUAAACACAGGCAGACCACAGUAUCAAAACGUAAUAUGAUGAUAAGGAGUAAAACAAUGGAAAAAAAGAAAAUAACAUUGUGAAUUCGGUGUUUAAACUAACUAUAACCAGCUGCUAAACGUAAUGAGUUACUUACCUGCUGUGCAAUAUGUAUUGUCCAUGUAAAUUUAUUAUAUACUAACGAGCUACAUGAGUAAGUAAGAUUCAAAUGAGUACAAGUACUGAUUUGCUAUUUUUAUUGGUGCAAGAUACACCACACAGAGUCGCUUAAACAAUCUUCCAGGAUGUUUUAUGGAAUAUGAUUAAUCUACUCUUAAAAAUACGCAAACUAAUAUCACCGCCAUGCUCUUCUGGUCAUAUAUUUUUGAGUAGGAGAGAGUAAUGCGACCUAAGAUCAGUGUGCAGCUUGCAAAAUGUGCAGCAUAAAACAUUCCCUAAAAAAUUUGUUUGAUAAUAUUGUUAAAACGAUCAUUUUUGGCCCAAUGUACAUUCGCAUUUUUCCAUUAAUGUUAAACCGACUAUAGUGGCAGCGUUGAUCUGUUAUUUGAUUAUAUAAAUUUGUAUAUAAUUUCAUUAUGAGUAGCCAAAGGCUAACAAUUUGUUCAACCAACAAACAAAACUCUAUUGCAACUGUUUUUUUUUUUUAGACUACAGGGUCCGGCACUCGAAGUGUAACCCAUUAAAAAGGCCAUACAUUUAUUUUUUCUCAAGGCGCGUACACCCUUUUCGGGUGUUUGGCCGAGCUCCUCCUCCUAUUUGUGGUGCGCGUCUUAAUGUUGUUCUACAAAUGGAGGGACCUACAGUUUCAAGGCGACUUCGAACGGCAGAUAUUUUUAUGAGGAGCUUUUUCAUCGCAGAAAUACACUAGGAGGUUUUCCAUUGCCUGCCGAGGGGCGACCGCUAUUAGAAAAGUGUUUUUCUUUAUUUUGGUGUUUCACCAGCAUUCGAACCUACGUUCUCUCUGUGAAUUCAUUCCGAAUGGUAGUCACGCACCAACCCAUUCGGCUACGGCGGCCGCCAUAAAUUUAGUUUGGACAAAUACUUUUAUUCAAUUCAAGGUUAAAAAUUGUGUAAAAAUAAUACAAAUCUAAGAUUCAAUUUACUUUUGCUCGAUAUGACCACCUUUUGCCUUGACUAUGACCUUGAGACGGUCAUCAAACGAAUCGCAAGCCGCCCGAAUGUGACUUGCAGAUAUUUUGGCCCACUCGCGGACAAUGGCUUUUUUCAGCGCCUUGAGACUGGUGAAUCUUUGAAAAUAUGAAAAAUUUUCUCAUUAAAAAACACAAUGUUCGGGAAUUGAUCACUUUCGGCCAAGCGAAGCAACUUCUUCGCUCUCUCAAGGUGUUGUUGCUGUAGCAGCAUAAAUAUUCUUCAUACUUACAUAUGGGGAAUGCUGCUGGAGUGACAGUCCUUGGUUGGAUAUAAAUCCGGGUCGUUUCGGUAACGUAGAACCCACUGUCUCUCAAGUCUGACUUGUUGCUGCUUUGGUGCGAGAUCAAGCGCUUUUUGGAUCUUGUAAGGCUUGACUUUUAGAUGCGGCGGAUGCUACGGUCAGAUAUUUUCAGUUCGCCAUUUGGUGGCACUUCGUCGGGAAUUUCGCUCAAGUCGCUUCUUCACUUUUUGAACCAUUUCACGUGACGUUGCACUCUUUUAAUGACCAUUUCCACGAAGUUUCGCGAUGCUACCAGUAUCAUUGUAACUAGUAAUGAUGCGAUAAGCAAAAAAUUUAUUUACUUUAAGGUGUUCGAGCUCACGAACAAUCGCUGGUUGUGAUUUUCCAGCCAAAUAUAAUGCAAUCACACUAUUACGUUUGAAAUCCAUUACUGAUUUCCUUUUAUCGCGACAAUCCUGUCAUUUAGCUAACUAACAGACAGCUGAUGCCCGUGCAUCAUCUACGCGUGCGAUCUGACGUUGGAUACACUUCGAGUGCCGGACCCUGUAUGAUGCUGAUAAUUUGCUGCAGUCGUUCCUCGGCAGGCAUAGGCAAACCUCUGAGUGUAUUUCCGCCAGAGAAAAAAACCAUAAAAACUCAAAACUGUAGGUUUAUCCAUUUAUGGGGCAACAGCAAAACACCUCCACAAAUUGGAGGCGCACCCAAAAGGGUUUUAGCGCAAUUCAUAGACGGCGAUAUUUGAAAAAGUUAGGAAAAGUAUCGAAAUUUUCAUGUAUUUCAUAAUUGUUGAGGUAUAGGUUAUCACCCUGUAUACAAAUUUUCUUUACAACUUUGUUGUUGCUUUCAUAUGCAAAUUUUUUUUGAAGUUAGCCGAGCAAAGAAGUGGUGAAUAGAAGAGGCCUUAUAUAUAUAUAAUUGGCGCGUACACCCUUUUUGGGUGUUUGACCGAGCUACUCCUAUUUGUGGUGUGCGUCUUGUGAUGGUGUUCCACAAAUGGAGGGACCUACAGUUUCAAACCAACUCCGAACGGCAGAUAUUUUUAUGAGGAGCUUUUUCAUGGCAGAAAUACACUCGGAGGUUUGCCAUUGCCUGCCGAGCGGCGACCGCUAUUAGAAAAAUGUUUUUCUUAAUUUUGGUGUUUUCGGCUACAGCGGCCUUACAAGACAUUAAUUCAUUCAUUCAAUUCACAAAAACAAAAUUUACAUGCAUUUUGUUUAUCCAAUUUGUUGGUUUGAAUGUAAAAAUUGCAAUCAGUGUAAGCAACUAACAAAAUAUAGAUCACUUUGUCAAUCAAACCCCCGAAUCACAAGAAAAAAAACUGCCACUCAACCGCACAGUUUGUAUGCAUUCGCCUUGGCAAGUUGCCUUUUGCGUACAUCCACAAAUAUGGGUGUAUUUCUGAAGCAGAUGUGGCUCUAACUUUUCUACUCUUGUUUCUUAACUUAAUAUGCCAGUAGUCGCUGUUCAGAAUAAAAUAAAAACGUGUACCUUUUUUUAAGUUGCCUUGAAUAAAGCGAUGCGUUUACAGCGAUUUGGACGACGCUGUAGUAAGCUGCUACAACAACAACGCUAAAAAAUCCCACGACAGUGGCGGUCUACCGGUAUACCCGAAAUAAUAUGCCGUGAAGAGUCACUACUUCUCUGAGUUAAUGGGAAUGGUUUAUGAUCUUACCACUACAACAGCAACAACGAUGUCACCAUGCAAGUCAUGCCUGACGGCUAUUCGUACUGGGCAAUAAUUUGUUUUAUAAUUUUACUUACUCAUGCAUGGCUCUAUUAUAUAUACAUACACAUACAGGGUGUUUUCUUUUAUUUCAAAAUGUUCGCUUCUUAUUAGUGCGGAUGUUUUUGAGUAAAAAAAAAAGAAAAAAUUAAUUGAAAAUGAACAAGCAAAAAAUAUUUAACAUGCAUAAUUGUACUAUUACGUAUAAAACCAAUUAUAAUGUGCGUAGAACAAAACGUUUAAUAAAAUUCAUGUAGAAUAAACCGA